AUGUCUAUGCAUGCUAUAUCCGAUGGAAAAUGGAUGGAUGCGCUGGCGGUCGAAGGAGGAGCACUUCCGAACAAGAUCUUGAAGAUCGGCUCGUAUCGUGACGAGGACUCCCCAGUUGUCGAUCCCACUGUCAGGAUCUUUUUCCAGGUAGUUGUCUCUACUAUCGAUGAGGGGGAGAUCCCAGAGCUUCUCGGGGUAUCUAUUGAUAUAUACAGUCGGUUGAACAGUGCUCCCCCCUGCAAACAGGGCUUCAAGCCAUGCAAAUCGGGUCACGGAGAGACCGUACACUUGCAACAACCCAGUCGCCGACUGUCCCUCCGCCAGCCAUGCAAACACACACCCUUUCAUGAAAGGCAGAGUCACGAAGUGCUGCCGAUUUCGCCUGUGGUCGCCGGUCUCGGCAGCAUUGCCGGAGGUGCAGGUGGUGGUCGUGCUCCCGGUGGUGGUGAGAAGCGAGGCCCACCUGAUGAUGCUCCCGCCCCGUCGCGCAAGGCUCGCAAGCGAGUCAAGCGUGGUUUGCCGUGCCAGCGUUGCAUCCGCCGCCUCUGCGCCCAGCCAGCCAAUGCUGCUGCCGGUAACGGUCAGGGCCAGGCUGGCCAGCGAGUCACAUGCGAGUACCCUGAGGGUCACAAUCGCUGCCGCUAUUGCCAAGUUGGCAAUCACACCAUCGCUCAGUGCACUUCCGUUCCUGAGCAUCUGGAGGGUCGUGCUCACGAUUUGCUUGCGAUCAAUCACGCGGCCUGCACUUCUCACUUGAGCCAAACCGAGUUGCGGAGGUCCACGACUCUGUGCGGCAGAGUUCCUCUGCCUCUGACAUAUCGCCUUUGGCGACGAGAUCAGCAAGAGCAUAUCAUCAGUAAGCGCGGUCUUCGUCUUCGCCUUCACCCACGUCGUCGGCCAAUCGUCUCGCUCACAGAUUCCUCUCGGUGUCUCUUGGCCAGAAACCCACGAUGA